GGCGAAAGAAAAAAAACAAACCGCUCGUCUGACAGUUGCGGUUUGUUGAUAUUUUAUUGAUUUUAUUUAUAUCUUGAUUAAAAUUAGCCAUUACAGUGUUAUUUUAGCAAGAGCAAUGUAAACCCUACAUAUUACUUUUUUGAAAGUAUAAAAGCCAUGUCAACGAAUGGUAACGGUGGCACAUACGCACCGCUCAAACAAAUUCUGUCAGAUUCCGAGUCCGAAGAUGACCACAAGUUAGAAAAUGCAGCGCAUAUCAAAGCUACGGACAGUUGUAACAAUUUGGACUUCAACAGUGGCCUGCAGUCAUCCAAGAACUAUAGCAUGAGCGACAUGGACGAGUUUAACACUAACGUGAACACGGUCGAAAGUACAAUGGAUAACGUAAGUUUCCUACAGUCGGAUAUCUCCAAUAAGAUGUCUUUCCCGCGACGCUGCGCUUUCGUCGCGUCUAUUCUAAUGUGCGUGUUCACCGUGGUUAUAUUUCUGUGGGGCAUACCAUGUUCUGACGUCGGUAGCUGUGCCAACAAUGAAUUUCAAGACAAAACCACUAGCUGGGAGCUUCCGUACGAGGAAAUAGAACUGUCUGGAGCUGUCCAAGUCGUAGAUGGCGCCCUACCGAACACAAAAAAUCUGAUCUUUAUAUACCGAGGUAACCACAUGAGAUUGCAGGAAAAGAAUAGUGACGAGAAUGUUAAUGGGGUGCUACUCAUUGUUGGAAACUCAGGGAAAGUCGGCUGGUACACCAGGGAGAGCAGGAUUCCCACAGAGAUCAACUGUCACCUCAUUGAUGUUAAUAAGGACAAGCAAAAAGACUGCAUAGUGUCAGGAUCAGAAGGAUUAUUAGCUGCUUUGAAUCCAUUGUCUGGUACAUACUAUUGGUACUACCAUAAACAUGACAAGAUGUUCAACAACAUUGCAACAAUAGACUUUCCUAUAAAGAUGAAAGAUAUGGAUCAGGACAAAGUGAAUGACCUACUGACUGUAGCCACUGUAAUCCCAAAUCCUAACCACAACUCUCUCCUGUUAAUUUCUGGAGCUACCGGUAAUAUUAUUCGAGAUCCCAUUACCAUUGAUGACUGCCUGUCCGUUAAACUGCUGACAGAGUCUGAUACAAUAACUUACAUCUGUAAGAAUGGCACUGCAGAGGCUGUACGUUUGAUUUCAUAUGACAUAUUACUUAAGAAGAAAGGUAAAUUUGAUCCAUCGGCUAAUAGAAUGCCAUCCACUUCAGCUGUCUCAAAGAGAAUAAACCAAAGUUUAAAAAAGAAUAUUGGCAAUACUCGAGAGAUAUUUACAAAUGGCCCAGGAAAGUUGAUUGUGGAGAAUUCUGGUGAAUGUCCGAACUCAUGCAGAGUAAGCUUGAAGUUAUUAUUGGAGAGAAAUGGGACAGCCAAUGUUAGCUGGGAGUAUUCUGCAAACCAUGUUUAUGCCAUGAGACCUAGCUCUUUUGCCUUUGCUAAUUCCAUUCGAGGAUUUGUACUAAAAUUAUGACAGUGGAACAGUGCACACCUGGCCAAGGGUGCAUUGAAAAUUGAUGAAGUACGAUACAAUGUACAAAAUCAGAGUCCAAAGAAUACAUAUGACCUAUUUUACUACAGACCUACUAUAAAUGUAGCUUCAAUCUCAUCUUUCAUAAAGUAUGCU